AUGUCCAAAAACAUCAGAUUCUGUAAUGAUGGGAAAAAUGCAGGAGAUGACCAACUGGGACUAAUCUUGCCAAAAUUUGUAUUAUGUAUAAGAGAUUUCAGUCUAGAGUUGGUAAAGGAUGGCGAAGAAAUGACACCUGAUGAUUACCUUGAAGACUGUCUCGAGAUUAAGACUGGAAACGAUAUGGAACGAUACAAUAGACCGAGGGAAUGUAUCAGGAAGUAUUUCCCUACACGCAAAUGCUUCACUUUUGACAGGCCAGGUACCAGAGAUGUAAUGCGACAGCUUGAAUCAGUUCCGAAUGAAAAGUUGUCUGAAGCGUUUGUUGAGGAAACAAAUAUUUUCUUGGAAUAUAUGUAUACAUGUGAGGCUAAAGUGCUUAUCAGCAGUAAGGCUGUAAAUGGCAGAAUGUUAGCGUCCCUUGUUGAGACGUACGUUGAGGCAAUAAGGAAUGGGGCAAUACCUGACGUCGAUGAUGCAAUUAUGAUUGUUGCAAAUAUUGAAAAUGAGCGGAUGGCAGACGAAGCAGUCGAAAAGUUCAAAAGCAUGCUGGGAAAAAUUAAGCUACCAGUUCUACAUACCAAUGAUUUUGAACAGCUGUUCCGUGAUAUGCAGAAAUCUGCCCUAGCUCAAUUCAGGCUUGAAUCCGUUUUUAAGUCUGAAAAAUUUGAGAAAUAUGCAAUAUCUGCGAUGGAUGAACUUUGGGAAAAGACAAAGAAGGAAAAUUUGCAUUUAGUCCGGCAGCAUUGUGGAGAGAUUCUACAGAAGAUAUACGAAAAGCUAGUCGGAGAAAAAAUGGACAGAAAUGAAUAUAAAAUAGCAGGGGGCUACCCACUAUACAAGCUUGAUAUGGAAGCUGUAAAGACGCAUUAUAAGGCCAGCGUUGAAGGCAUAGAUGAAUAUGAGGCAAAAGGAGCCAUGAUUCAUUUCAUGGACAAUGAAUCAGUAAACGAAGGGAAAGUAAUGCUGGAAGAUCAGAAAAUGACGGAAGAAGACAGAAAAAGGGAGCUAGACAGAGUGUAUCAAGAGCAUAAAGAAGCUCAGGAAUCGCAGGCAAAACUGUUUGAUUGCAAAUUAGAAGAAGAGAGAAAACGUUCUGAAGACCAUCAAAGGAAAAUGAAGGAAGAACGGACGGAAUACAUGAAAAAGCAGGAAGAGAAGAUGGAAGCAAUACAGAGUCAGUAUGAUGAACAAAGAAAGUUAAGUGAAAAACAAAUUGCUAUGAUGCGUGAAGAAAAUGAAAAGCAGAAGGAGGAGUUUCAGAGAGAAAUCCACGAAUUAUCCGCCGAAUAUAACAAAAAGGAAAAAGAGAACAAAGAGUGGUUCCAGACGACGUUACAAAUUGAAAACGAAAAUGCCGAGAAGCGUAUUGCCGAGGUAAAAGAUAACUUUAAUAAACUGUUUGAUGAUGAAAAGAAGAAAAGUUAUGACUUAAUCAAAACCAUUGAUGGAUUGAAAGAGUCACACAAGGAAGCGGUCGACAAAUUCAGUGAUGACAUUGCUGAAAUGAAAGAAGAAGAAGCGGUUAGAAGACAACAACAAGAGCAAGAAUACAAUGAUCGGUUAGAAAAGUUUAGUAAGGACAUUAAAUCCUUAACAACCCAGUUACAAAAUGCACCAACCGGAGAACAGAUGCAACUGUUACAACAAAAGCUUGAUGAAGCACAAACUGAACGAGACUUCCAAGUAGCAACCCAUCAAGUAAGUUCCGGGAAGGAACAAACACAUUAUCUCACUUGUUCCAAGGCAGGGACAUACAGCAAUCUAGGUAUUGUUAGUUCCAGGAAAAUGACCAGUGACAGCAGUGCCUGGGAGCUAGACAGAGUGUAUCAAGAGCAUAAAGAAGCUCAGGAAUCGCAGGGAAAACUGUUUGAUUGCAAAUUAGAAGAAGAGAGAAAACGUUCUGAAGAAACAUCAAGGAAAAUCAAGGAAGAACGGACGGAAAACAUGAAAAAGCAGGAAGAAAAAAUGGAAGCAAUACAGAGUCAGUUGAUGAACAAAGAAAUUAAGUGA